CUUCGAGGACUGUAGGAGUGUGAUGCUGAUGAUGUGAGUGAGAAGAAGAAACAAAAACUAGCCGUGACAACAGCGGUGAAUGUUGAUCCGUACUUGAGUCAUGACGAUUCACUCAUCAAGGGCAGACUUCUCAAAUGGCAACACCCGUACAACUGCUUCAUCUGCCCACAGAGAUCCUGACAGGGAUUCUAGAAGAGGUCCCAUCGCAAGCCUCUCUUGCGAGUCUCGCGCGGACAUGUCGACGUCUUCAAAUGCAGGUAGAGCCUUAUCUCUACCGGUCUGUCUAUCUGGGCAACCAUGCCGGAGAAAGCUUCACCUAUGCCUUGGACCGUAAGAUGCUUCGCGCAGAAUACAUACAAGAGCUUGUGAUUCACUAUCACUAUCUUGAAGACGUUCCAAAUGAGGACGAAUAUUAUCCAAUCCUCGUGGAAAGCCUGGUACCAACCAUCGGCCGCCUGAUCAACCUGAAACGACUUGUCGUCAAGGGCCUUGAAUAUGAUAUAUGUCGAUCUUGUGAUGACCCGGAUUUCGGGCCUGGUCCAAGACUCGACGCUUUGUCUGAAAUCUGGUCCUGGCUCUUCCAGCAAUCAACCCAGUCGAUGUCGGGCGUUCUGCCUUCCUUAGCAACAUGCGAGCUGAUUAUGAACGACCUUAUACCUACACCCCUACAAAAUCCAACGGCCGACCUUUGGUACUUUUCCUCGCGCGAGACUGUCCUGCUUCAUCCCAAGCUACGGAAGCUGAGUAUAGUAGCAGCCAUCAUUUCCGGCCUGAGCUCGGAAACACUGAGUUAUACCAAGAGACCCUGGUUUAGCCCAACAUCCUUGGAAACCCUUACCCUUCUCUGCUGCGACGUAUCGCCACACGCUCUCCAAGAGAUGCUCAAAUUCCCCAAAGCUCUCAAGAACUUCACCCUGAAGGGAUCCCCAUGGACGACCCGGCCAGACCACUACCCCACAGACCGAGGAGCGAUCGUGAACGCCCUAAAAGCGCAAGCACAUUCACUCCUUAGCCUCGAACUAGACUUCUACCUGCGCACGGACUGCCCAGCCCUCGACUUCCGCGACUUCAAAUGUCUCCAACACCUCACCAUUGACCCGAAGGUCCUGAGAGGCGAUAAUGGCGGGCAAAGCCCCGAGGCGGAGAAACACCUCCGCCAAAAUUGUCACCUCCCCCCGAGUCUCCGAUCCCUGCGUUUCCGAGAGUAUAGAGAAUGGGAUAGACCGGAUCUGCUAACGCUAUCCAUCGUUCUCGACUGGGUGAUGUCUGGAGGCUUACCGAACGUAGAGAACAUCACGGUCCAGUCGGCCACGUACUUUUCGCACGCGAUAUUGGGCGCACCAGUCCCGGAUGGAAAGUCAUUCCAGCAAGCGUUCCGGACCGUCGGGGUGGCGUUAGCAGUGGAGCGUGUGCGGUCCUCCCUUGGCGAUGAGCACCUUACCAUUGAUUGCAAAUGUUGCUCGUUCUGUUGGCGGUACUUAGAUCAAUGGGAUAACUGAAUACCAAGUCACACAGUUCCUCAUAUUGGUCAUAUUAGACCAUACCCACUGUGGAGCCACCAAUUCGUAGUCCAAAUUUAGGAACUCUCAAUAGCAGAGGCUAAGUAAAAAAGAUCGCCAACCAAUACAGAAAGUAAACGUGGCUAUAGGUUACGGUGAGGAAAGCCUCGUUGCCUCGUUCUCAAAAUAGCAGUACAGG